CCCACUUUGUGCCAAUCUGUUCCUCUUUCACAUUCAUGAUGGGCAGUUGCGGGUACAGACAGCCCUGCCGGUCUGCUCGGUGAUGGAUCGAUUGCCUGGGCAGGCUGUCAGUGUUUCUCCCACUUUCGCCCACCCUCAUCAGCUUCGCUCACAAUUGUUGAUUGUCUCUGGACAAGGUUUUUGUCACUGGACAAGAAAAUAUCCAGAUUAGAUUCAAGCUGAACUAGACUUUCCUUCUAUUGAGAUUCCAGGAAUUGCGACCAUCACUUCCGCGACAAACACCGAUUCGUUCUGCCGCCUUGAAAGUGCCCAAUCUACAAUUCCGCUUCAUUGACUGUCUUCCUGAUCAUCCCAUCUUCAGCAUCAUGACCUUCUCGUGCUUGGUCUAGGACCUCGCCCAGUCCCGCCUACCCUGUCCCGUUUUCCAUAACUACGUCCGAACACUAGGACCACUGCCAGAUGGAUGGAUACAAGCACCGACUCGCAUCCACACUGCAAGACCACCAGGAUCACAUGCUUGCACGACGCUCAACGGAAAUGAACCACGACGGUGCUAAAUCUCUGCCCUCGCCCGCUGUCAUGACUUUGGAAACUCGGCCGAUUUCUCCACCGUUUUCAUGUAGUCAACUGGGGCCAUUACCAUCAUUAAACCUUCACAAGCCUCGCGACUCCCCUUUGGCCUCAUUCGCAGAUAUACCUAGCAACGAGUUGGCUCCCAUUGCUACCGAUCGUCAUCGUUGCUCACUAUCCCCCAUUGGAAGUCAGAACGGCGCCCCUAUUCUACCUCCCAUUGCGACGCUCACCCAGUCUCUGGAACCUCUCCGCUUGAGGACUCCGUCACAACCACAGACGUCGCCUCGGGUCGAACAGAGACGACCAUCACCGCCGAGGUUGACGAGCUGGCCAACUGGUAACCCUUUGACGACGUAUUACACACCCAGUCAUGAUCAGUCUGCCGAAUCGCCUGCAAGGAUGGAUGUGGACAUGAGCAAUACUCGGGCUGGUAGCGUCAGCCUUGACGAUCCUGACGUUCGCAUGGCUGCUGAAGCAUUGGGAGAUUUGCGCGCUGACUUUGUUUCAACUCCCAAGCAACCAGCAUCGCAAAGACCACAACAAGAACCGAUACUUCAACUUCUGACGACUUCCCAUCCCUUGUUGGCCAAGACGAUAGAAGGGACAACGACGGCAUAUAACACCUCAAAGAACUAUUCACCACGGUUCAAAUCUGGAGCUGAAUAUGUCGAGGGAUAUUUGACUCCCAUCGGUAACACUUUGGGGUCAGUUGGUCGGGUGACGGGAGUUGAAGGUGGUGUGAGAUGGUUUCUUAAAGGAUCAGCAAGACGGCAACCAUCUUCAUCGGAUCUUGAGUCGGGGGAAAGCUCGCGUAGCAAGAGGAGGAGGAUGAUGCCGUCUGAAGAUGAAGAGACGGAGUAUGAGGAUAGAAGGGGUAUUAUGUCACCGCCACCACCGCCCUCAAAUAUGGAGUUUGACCCAUUCGCCUACCGGAGCAAAGAGCGUCGCAUGUCGAUGAGCACUGUGGAUAGUCUUCCGGCCUACGAUGAUGCAAAAUCGCCAGCAUACACCGAAGCCGCCGGCGAUGACCAGCGCUCUCCGGUACCACGCAGUCCCGCAUGGCAAUCGCGCUUGAUAAUGUCUACGUCCGGUCUCAGUAUCGCCAUGUCGGAAGAGUCGUUGCGCAGCCUCAAGUAUUGUCUGCAAUGGCUGCGAUGGGCCAACGAUCGUAUCGCCAAUGCCAUUGGUGCUCUCAAGGUUACUCUUGAACAGUUUGAGCGUCACCCCGAGACGGGAGAGGUUACUUCAAAACAAGUGACGAUUGAAAUCCCUAUCGAUGGUGCGAUCGUAGUCGAGCAGAGGCAGAAUGAAGGUUCAGAGCGAAGGUCCAACGAAGAACUGGGCCAGAGGGUGGCGGCGCUCAAGUCGGAUGUUCUUAAGACGCUUCGGGCCGUCAUCGAAACGGUCAGCAAAUAUGCCGGUGGUGCGCUUCCCGACAACGCACGGGUGCUUGUGAAGCGCCACCUGACCAGCCUCCCUCAGAGGUUCAAGCUGGCCAGUCAAGCGGACCAAUCUUCGGCUGGACCCUCAUCUAGCGGCAGCAACAGCGAAAACGAUGUUCGCGAGGGCGCACAACGUGUCUUGGUGUUGGCGCAAGAGGGUCUAGACAUGAUGGCCCAGGUCAGCGGUGUGCUGGAUGGAACAAUCGUCAGUGCCGAGGAGUGGUGCGCCCGUCUGGGCAAGAAGAAGCAAGAUGAGAGGGCAGCUUUGACUGGUGCUUCGAGUAAUCAACCCGAGAAGCCAUUGGAGCCCCUUACCAGCGUUGGGAUCGACGGAGAUGUCAAGAUGGGAUAGGCGUGCCUCCGUGCCUCAGAUGACAUCACCAAAUCUAUAGUACUUGAAGUUCUGCUUACAACCUGAUUCCUUUGUCAUUAUAUCCACAUACUACGCCUGCUGCUGGCGAUGAAGCAUGCACUGUCACUAAAUUCCCUUGUCUGCUAUCGAGUACCCUCUGCUGCGGUUACAUUUCAUUUGAGCCUUUGUUUAUUUGUUUCCCGGGAGUUAUUGUUUUUUUUUCUCUUUGACAGUCUAAAAGCGUUCGCUGCUGACCUGAUCAUUUGAGUUGGAUCGCAUUUGGUGAUGUUAUGUUUGACUUUUCUUGUUGGUCUAAAUAUUUUACAUGAGACUUGCGGUUGCGGCGACAUAGUUUUGGGGACGCAGAAAAUUCAGUUUACGUGAAAUGGAAUCAGGAAAACAGAUAUCGGGUUGCAGUCGCUUGCAACGUUGGAAUCCCGCCUUCAGUGUCGAGCGUAAAUAGGCGAUAACAAUACAUACUGUUACCUAAGUAUGAUGAGUAGAGGAGAAGCUUUAUAGUCUUGACUAA